CGCGAAACAAUUUCCUGAACUUUCUCUGUUUCCGGGUUUUGGGUUGUUGGUUUUUUUUUGUUUGCUCGGCUUGAAUAAUGAUGUCCGAGAUGCAGGCAAUAAAUGGCGAAACGAGCGACGGCGACCUUGGCGGAGGAGGAGCGGCAGGAGCAGCAGGAGCGCUGUCAACCUCAAGCGGACUUGGCGGCCGCCACUCCAACAACAGUAGCCGGCUGCAGCUCAUCCCAGCGAACAGCAAGGCAGCGAUGGACGCCGCAACCAAGUCGAGCGAAGGCAUGGUGUUUGACCAGCGCAACAUGAGGUGGAAUGGCAAUCUCGAAGACACCCGAGGGUUUGACUCGACCGACGAGGACGAAGACGAGGGCGAGAGCGAGAGCAGCAAGAAGGAGGCGCACAACGCGGACGACCACCAUGGCGAGGCGGGAAAGUUCAACGUCGGGAUGCAUCAAGCAGAAAGCAGUGGUGCAAGUGCUGGCAGUGACGCUGCUCCAGACGCGCGGACAAGUAGCAUCGCCGACGCGAUCCAUCCCAACGCGAAUCGCAGGCACCAGAGUGCAUCGAAACCGCAGGAUGUCGCGCCGUCCGUUGGAUCUCAAUUGAAUCUCACAGACCAAGGCAAGAAUUCAGAGGGCACGACAGGACUGGCGGCGCUGAACGGAGACAAUCGUGGUCAACACAAUGGAAUUCCAUCGCCAGCAGCUGCCGCCGAUUCCACAGUUACUACCGCAGGCUCAUUGGGAUUGAAUGCGAUUACUAGUGAUGCACACACCACCAACCACAGCUCGCUUGUCAGGAAAGCAGAGCCUGCAGCAGCCCGCGAGCAGCAGCUUCCUCCAAAGUCCCCUCAGCAAAUCAAGCCGCCUGCAACAACCGCUCGGCGCCAGGGAAACAUGGUCUACAACGAAAGCCUGCAAGCGUGGUACAACGUCCAACCAGAGGAGGAGGAGAACUUGUGGGUCGAGGACGACGAUGGAGAGCAGCACAAAAGCAAGCAACCGCAGCCUCUGCAGCAGCCUCUGCACCCGUUGCAACCACUGCAGCCUCGAAGACCGCAGCCAACGUUCCAACAAGCUAGACAUCGGCAAGUGUCACAGCGUUGGCCAACACAGCAAGUUCUAUCGGCAACGAGAGCCGAGUCCUUCGAGAACGGCAGUGAUGGUGGUCGGAUCGUCCUGAAUCAAACACUCAGCGGCAGCGACGAUUCCGACUUUGGUGACAACGACGACGGGUCUGUCUCGUCAUCGUCUGUCUUGUCUGGGAGUGAAAAGCAAGACUUGGAAGACGGCUGGAGCAACACCUCGGCCGUUGGGCACCAGCCGCGCCUGCCACAGCAACGGCCCGACUUUGCACCUAACCAUCACAUUGCCAGCAAAUGGGAAAACACAAUGGAUCCCCAAGCGUUGCAGCAGGCCGUCCUGGGAUUGAAGCUCCAGAAGGACGACGCGACACCCAAGUCGUUUCCCAACCAUCUCUCACCUUACAAGCGGCACCAGCAAGUGGUCAUCACGGAAGAGUCACCGAGGCCCCGGGUCAAGGGCAACGGCGGCCCUCAGCACCCUGCCACGAACGGCACACCAUUGCACAACACCGGGCUGCACUCUGCACCGAAAGGAGGAGGAGCUGUACACGCAGACGAAAUCUGGGACGACGCGCACGACCCCGAGGAAGAUGCGGCAAUGUCCUCAGUCGUGAUCAAAGAAAGUGAUUCAAUCGAGUCAAGCCUGCUGAACGGCCAUUCGCCAGCCAAACGUCGCGGGAAGCAGCCGCGCGGCAAGGAGCAACCCUUCCUCAACAGCAAAAAUGCGAGAACCAUGUUUGAUCCGCUGCCUACGGAGGCUCUGUUCAAUCAAUCGGCAGAAGGCCCAAUUUCGCCCUUAUUUACGGUACCUUCCUUCAAUAGCAUUGAUGCAACCAAUAUCUUGAACGGAACCAGUCGCCGGCCAUGGGAGCCAGAAGAAGACGAUGGAGAAGAGCCAGCCGACGAUCGCCAUCCAGGAGGAGGCACUCCAUCUCACACCGCCAAGAGCAACGCGGCAGGCGCUUCCACCAACAAGUUGACAUAUCGUGCUCCAUCGCACCAUCCCGGUAGUGUGUCAGCAACGCCAAGACGGCAACAAUCGUCAUCCACUUCCUCGUUGCAAGUUUCCUCGACACCCAGCGCUAGCUACGGGUCGACGCUUGAAUCACAAUUGUCGUCAAGCAAUGGCUUGCCUGGACCAUCAUCUACAGACCACACGCCACAACCACCAGCACCACGACGCUCCGACAGCAACGGCGCUGCACAUGUUGCGCCAGCAGUCGUUGACGAGCUCAUGACGCCGGUUCGUCGAGUAUCCUCCAUGUCACAAUCUACGCCGUUGCCAGCAUCGCACGCAUUCCCACCAAACGCUGCCGCAGCUUCUGUGUUUCCACACGCUCGAGCGGUGGCGACGCCACCCUCUCGGCCCGACAGCACGGCGUCGGUCGCUGCGAUGGCUGCUGUCGCAGCAGCUGUCGAGCAGACUACGGCGGCGGCGCACACCACGUUCCUUUCGAAAAUGGAUGCCAUGUUCGAGCGGCUGCGUGUUCAGGACGAGCAGCGCCGGCGAGAGUGGGAGGCUCAGCAGCAGCAGUCGUCACAACAACAGAUGGCUCUCCAGACGCAGCUGGCCAUGAUGCAACAGCUCUUCAGCCAAUCUCAACUCUUGCAACAAACCCAGUCGGCUUUGACAAACAAUCUGCUUUCAACCUCCGCAUUGAUGCGAGCGGAUCAACUCAACACAAGUUUCGGCCACGGUAGCGCAGCCAAUUCGAACAAUAUGAGCAGCUCAGAGUUGCUCUUUCAGGACAAGGAUGCGGCUGUAGUGGCGGCGGCUGGAACACCGGGACAGCGACAACACGCCCAAUCGCAACCACAGCUUGCGCGGGCUCAGAAGCCGGUCCUCGCACAACUGGACCCUGCCGCAACCUCGAGCUCUCCUGUUGUCAAGCCUUGGGUAACGGUGGCACAAUCCGCAGGCAACUCGACCAUUGCGUCGGAUUUCGACAGCAACAGCACAGGACGAGGUGCAGCAUCGCCAGCGUUUCGCCGGCUCGAGUUUGGCGAACAGUCUUCGCUCGAUCCUGCGACAGGAUCCACAAAAUCGGCCGCCCGCACGACCCCUGUCACGGUCAAGGUCAGCUCAACCGAGUCUGAGUUUGCGUCCGUGGCCGAUCUCUUGCGCAUCGAAUCCAGUCGCACUUUGGCGGCGAUGGGGGUUUCUUUCACGCUCUCGCGUCUCUUCUCAGUCCUGUCUGGGGGCGCUGCGUUGCAGAGCUGGAUGGAGCAGUCACGGUCUGAGCAGUCACGGUCUGAGAAGGCGGCCUCAACCUCGACCUUGCAUUUGGUCCAUUAUGUUCCGCGAGAUCGCGAAACGCUCACCCAGAUUGCCGACACUGGCGUGCUGCCAGCCGGUACCGCUCCCGUUGCUCUGUACACGUCCUUGGCCGCUGCCCAUGCGAGUCGAACGGAAAUGGCGCAGAAGAGCUCUUCGAUUGCGCUCGUCCUUGCGCUCGUCCGCAUCAAUCGGUGUCUGAAAGUGCAACAAUCCUCCAGCUCCGUUCUGAGCAAUUCUGCGCCAGUCCGUGCCCGUGCCGCGCGCAAAGGCUACGACUCUGUGCUGUGCAUCGACGGAGAUACAAAGACUGUUGUCGUCUUUGCGGAGGAUCGCUGCAUUCCCGUCUACCUGUGCAAGUGCGCCAUUUCUCGCACGUAGGCCGCCUAGCUACGUUCACUCGGGGGACGGGGACAUCCAUGUGUGUGUGUGUGUGUGUGUGUGUGUGUGUGUGUGUGUGUGUGUGUGUGUGUGUGUGUGUGUGUGUGUGUGUGUGUGUUUCAGAGCUGCUUUGGAUCAUUAUUUAAUUGAAGGGUUGAACAUUGCUAGGAUUUGCGUUGAUG